AUCCAACCUUCUGAGUCCCUCAUCUGCUCAUGUCCAGUUUUAAAUUCCAGUAAAUCUCCCCGCCCUUUUGUUGUUGUUGUUCACCCACCUGCUCAGAAGCUGCCUGUCAACUUUCUUGUCCUCACUCCCUGGAUCAGCCAGGAAAGUGACCUCCUCUAAUCCGCCAUCUUGAAAACUGCUGUGAUCAUCUUUUUAGGUAGAUUUUUUUCUGUGAAAGAACAACUGUAUCUGAGAUAGAGGUGUGACCUCAAAGAAGUAUGAAUACAUGAUGCUUAUUUUGCACUUACGCUGGUGGUGUGUAUCGCAGUGAUUGCCAAGGAGAAUUACCCUCUGUACAUCCACAGCACCCCCAUGGAGAAUGAGCUGAAUUCCACUACAUGGUGCACACCUCCAUGGAUGUGGCAGAUAAGACGAUCUCCACCAGGGGGAAGGCCCUGGUGAAGCAGAGGGAGCCCUACCUGGGCCUGCUCUACCCAAUAGAGGACUAUAAGGCAUAUGGCUAUGUGACCAACUCCAAGGUGAAGUUUGUCAUGGUGGUAGAUUCCUCCAACACAGCCCUUCGAGACAAUGAAAUCUGCAGCAUGAUUCGGAAGCUGCAUAGCUUCUGCACAGACAUGGUGUGCAACCCCUUCUACAACUCUGGAGACCGCAUCCAGUCCAGGGCCUUUGACAAGGUGGUGACGUCUAUAAUGAUCCAGGUGUGCUGAGCAGAACUCUGCACUGAAGAGACACAGCUUGUGCAGAACUGUGCUUAGAGACCUCUGCUUUUGCUGUUUCUAUCCUGAGUGUUAGGACCUGCCCUAGGGGCUGGGUGGGGCUUGUGCUUGGUGCCUCUCCACUAAAGGCCUUUCAAGGUGAAAAAGAAAAAAAUAAGGCUGAUUUUCUUUUAAUCUCCAUGAAAAAGAUUAAGUGAGCUUCACAUAGUCUUACCUGUUCAUCUUUCUGUACAUACAAAAAGAAGGCAGUAGGUGGUUGAGAUCUGAAACAUUCCGAGGCUUUGCUUGUAUCUGAGAUUGUAGAGUCUGUCCUUGGUCUUUCAAAUGGUGCUAUUACCCUUGACAGAAAAAGUCUCACAAGGUAACGGAAGUCUUUAAUAAAGAUAUUGCCCGCCAGAGAGGCACGUGUUCUGUUUUGAAGUCAUAUCACUAUAUUUUAACAACGUUACAAGGUACGUUAUCCACUCCUAGGAUUUGUCCCAAUAAUCUGAAGACCCCUGAAAUAUAAAUGGGAGAAAAUAAGGUGCUACAGCAUUUCAUUAACUUUGAAAUAGAAAUGUCACUUACAUCAGUUUUGUGGAACUGACUGCCUGUCAGGGGAGCAUAAGAAAUGUGCCCCCUUUUCCAGGCACUGUUCCCCUACCCCAAAUCACCCUUCUUUGUUUGAAUGAUCAGCUACUUGCCCUGUUACCACCAAAAUAAGAAAACGCUCUGCUCAACUUGAUUAGUGUGUGUCAAACGAGCAGGUGUGUCGCUUUCAGGUACAGAAUCCAGGUAAAGCGGAGAGAGUAUGUGU